AGCGCUGCUCCGUUAUGUGCACAAUGAACACCGGAUAACCACUGACUCCCUCCGUGACUGACAAAACCUGGACAAGACCCGCUACAUCAGCCCUAAAUACGCCUUUCCACCAUCUGAAAACCCCCGGAUACCAAAGUCACUAAGGGAAAACAAUGGAGUCCAACACGCUCCGUCAUCAGAGACUGCAGCCCGGGAUCGGCUUCGGUUCUGGGGUGACAAACACGGGGACUCUCCGCUCCUCUCUACGGCCUGGAGUCACGGUGCCCGUCGCUCCGCUUCUGCCGUCCCCCGCCUCGCUGUCUCUGUCCUCGGGGCCUCCUCCUCCGCCGCCCCCGCUGCAGCUGCACAGCCUGUACGGAGGGAUCGGCUUCGGGACCGGGCUCGGAGGGGGACUGGGGGUCGCGGGACACUGUAACCCCGGAGCGAACCCCGCGGUGCUGAAGGAGGCGGUGGAGGCCGUGGUCCGGAGCUUUGCCAAACACACGCAGGGCUACGGCAGAGUGAACGUGGUGGAAGCUCUGCAGGAGUUUUGGCAGAUGAAACUGAGCAGAGGGGCCGACCUGAGAAAUGGGGCCCUGGUCGUGUACGAGAUGGUCCCCUCCAACAGUCCCCCAUAUGUCUGCUACGUCAGCCUCCCUGGGGGCAGUUGCUUCGGGAGCUUCCAGUUCUGUCCGACCAAAGCAGAGGCUCGACGCAGUGCAGCCAAAAUCGCUCUCAUGAACUCAGUCUUCAACGAACACCCAUCUCGCCGCAUCACUGACGAGUUCAUUGAGAAGAGCGUUGGAGAAGCACUGGCACCAUUUAAUGGAAACAGAGAGGAGGCAGAUAACCCAAACACAGGCAUUGGCGCGUUUCGCUUCAUGCUUGAAUCCAACAAAGGAAAGUCAAUGUUGGAAUUUCAGGAGCUGAUGACGGUUUUCCAGUUGCUACACUGGAAUGGGAGCCUGAAAGCCAUGAGGGAGAGACAGUGUUCCCGCCAGGAAGUGCUGGCUCAUUAUUCCCAUCGCGCCUUGGAUGAUGACAUGCGCACUCAGAUGGCAGCGGAUUGGGUGAAUCGCGAGCAAAGCGUGGCAGGGACCAUCUCCCAAGAGCUGGCUUCCACAGAGCGAGAGUUGGAGGAGGCGCGGCUGGCGGGAAGAGAGCUGCGAUUCCACAAAGAGAAAAAAGACAUCCUGAUGCUAGCAGUGGGUCAGCUCAAUGCAGCCAACACAGCUACAUUACCCUCACACUAGACACUCUUAAAGGAGGACCUUCACUUGCCUUCACUUUGUCGGAUUCCUGGGCUCUACAGGGAAGCCUCUUAUAGUAGCACUUCCCAAUAAGGUUAUACCUGUCAAAAAUGAAAUAACUUUGGUAAUUUUAGACAGCAACGCUAUUACUUGAUUAUAAUAUACAAUUUUAACUUUUGAGACGUUUCCAUAAUAUUUAAGGAUUGUCUGCACUACAACAAAAAUGCUAUUGCCAACCAGUGUCUGAAAUUAAUUGAUUUAUUAUUCCAGAAAGAAAUAUUGCAUUGUUGGCCAUUUAUUACCUAAUUGGUAGCUACUACAGGUAAUCCAGCCUUUAUCACAAUAUGCACAUUGUCUGACAAGAAUUAGCUGUUUUUAGCUAUUACCUAUUUGUGCCUAGUGACUAAAAGGCAGCUUUCUCAAAAACUACCUGAACACUUCUUUUUAUAUGAGGAUUUCUACAUUUUGACAUAUAGUCCAACAAAACCUUUAUUUUGCUGGGAAUGUAUGGCCUUUCCAUGAAGUCAAACUUACUUAAGAUUUCCAUAGAUUUCUCACCUUAACAGCAAAAAGACACUUUGGUCUUGAAAUAUGAUGGAAGAAUUGGUACUGUCAGUCGCUCAGGUUUAUGCUACAAAAUAUGUGUGAAGGAAUAUGUGAUAAACUGACCUAUACGACAACAGGCGAAUGUAUAAUUUGUAUAAUACUGUAUAAUGGACCUACAGAACUCAAUGAUAUAUGAAAUGAUUUGAGUUCAUUAUUCCCAUAAAGUAUAAAACAUAAUCACCAUUUAUUUGAAUUCAACAAUAAGAAAAGAUUUAUUACCACAAUACUUCUCAUUGCCAUAAUGGUGCUACACAUGCCUUUUGUAGCCUAAAAUGAUUCUGUUACAUUAGUUAUUUACUUUUAGCUAUUAUACCAAACUGUUGCUUAAGGUUAUCACACUAUGACAGUGUAGUUAGUAUACAAUAUGAAUUCUGUUGUUUUAUUGAAGGAUUUUCAAAGUUUUUAAAAAUGUAAUUCAAUACUUUUACAGUCCAGAAUGAUCUGUUAGCACCUCAUAAUGAGGAAAAACUCACUGCCUUGAGUGUUCUUACGUCUUUUCUUUUACCCCUUAUGUAUUUUCUUUAUUACUAUGUUCUUUCUCUCAGAUCUCUUGUGUUACACGUUUUUGUGGCCACUGCAAUGGAUUUUUUAUGUGUUACUAUCCACAUUUAAUUGUACUAUGCAUGAUACUUUUUUAUUUUACUAAGUGUUGAUUUUAUAAUAUGUUUUUCAAAGCCAUGAUAAUUUGUAUUUUAUACAAACAAUUUGUAUCUCUUGUUAUUUUUUUGUUAGAAUUAUAAAAUGCAAUAAACACAAAGAUAAUUAACC